AUGCCUAGGUAUGCGAAGUUUAUAAAGGAUUUGGUAACUAAAAAAUGGGCCUUGAGUUUUGAAGAUGAUGAUAAGUUGCAACAUUAUAGUGUUAUUGCUAUAAGGUCCCUUGUGAAGAAGAAGGAUGAUCCUGGGGCUUUCACUAUUCUUUGUACCAUUGGGUUGCUACAUUUUGCAAAGGCUUUGUGUGAUUUGGGUGCUAGUAUCAAUCUGAUGCCAUUGGCUAUUUACAAGAAGUUGGGUUUUGGGGAUCCAAAACUGAACGCGAUGCGACUGCUUAUGGCCGAUAGAACUAUAAAGAACCCCAUUGGUGUGCUCCAAGAUGUACUAGUGAAAAUGGAGUCUUUUAUCUUUUUGACGGAUUUUGUGACACUGGAUUGUGAUGUUAAUUUUGAGGUUCCCAUUAUCCUUGGAAGACCAUUCCUAGCCCCUUGGCGUGCCUUGGUUGAUAUGGAGAAAGAGCAGAUGAAGUUUCGAUUGAACAAUGAAGAGGCAACAUUAAACAUCUCUAGAUCUAUGAAGCAGAGUUGUGAGCUCAAAUCGGUAUCUAUGGUGACACAUAUUGUAGAGAGUGGUUCUAAGGUGUCUAUUGAAGAGAGGUUGGGUGUUGAUACACUAGCAACGGUAAUGAUGAACUUCGAUAGUGAUGGUAUUGAAGACUAUGAUGAAUUAGUCGCCGCACUUGAUAUGUUUGAAUUACGUUCAAAACCAAAACGAUUGGAGCUAGACAUAAAAAAUCGCGACUCUCCACCUGCUAGACCGUCUGUUGAGGAGGCACCGAAAUUGGAGCUUAAGUGUGGGAUUAUUGUGGUACCUAAUGAGAGAAAGGAGUUUGUUCUGAUGCAGCCCGUGAUUGGAUAG